CAAAAUCAAUUCCUCACCACUAACACCCACAGUUGGCCUCAACCCUCCGCCCCCUCUCCUUCUCCAUAAUUUCCCUUUUUUCUUUCGUUCUUUAUUUUCCAUUUUGAAACGAGCUAAAUAAAAACAGCUAACUCAAUAAAUUUCCGAACGCCGAACACGAAGAAUCAUCAAAUCCAACUACAGCAAACCCUACGAUCCGCGGCGAAUAAGGAGGGAUCUGCAUUCCAACUUCCUGCAUUACUCCUUUUUCCUUGUCGUCUUUUCGCCAGAGGAUUUUUGACAUCCUUUUGCUUCUCUUUUCUUCCGACGGUCAAGCUCUGUGGUUCUACGUUUGGGACGAGAUCUGUUUUCUCUUCUACUGUAGAUUUAUGAAAGGUUUCUUCUGAUCUCGCUAUAAGCGUGCAAGUGGAUGGUUCUCUUUUCAGCUCAUGCAUUCAUUGAUUCUUGUUGCGUAUAGGUUGCUAAUGUAUGUUUCCCCAAGAACUCAGCCAUCUUUCAUGUACUUAGACUUCUGUUGAUAGAGGGAAAUUCGUUGGAACGAGUCUCUGGUUGGCAUAUUACAACCGUUUUCUGGUAGAAAGUUCGACAUGGUUGCCACUGCAGCUACUUCUGCCUUUUUUCCUGCUAUUUCUCUGUCCUCGGACUCUGGAGCAAAGUCAACUAAGUUUGGCGGUGGUUCUGUCAAUCCUGGAGGAAGCAGGCCGAAAUCUUCUUCCCGUGGUUUGCAAGUUAAGGCUAAUGCCCAAGCUCCUUCAAAGAUAAAUGGUACUUCCGUUGGAUUGGAGGGUGUCAAGCUGGACGAUGACUUGACAUCACCUCCUCCAAGGACUUUCAUAAACGUACUUCCUGACUGGAGCAUGCUUCUUGCUGCUAUCACUACCAUCUUCCUGGCGGCUGAGAAGCAGUGGAUGAUGCUUGACUGGAAACCUAGGCGGCCUGACAUGCUUAUUGAUUCGUUCGGUUUGGGAAGAAUUGUGCAGGAUGGUCUCGUGUUUCGGCAGAACUUUUCAAUUAGAUCAUAUGAAAUUGGUGCAGAUCGGACUGCAUCUAUAGAAACAUUAAUGAAUCAUUUACAGGAAACUGCACUUAAUCAUGUAAAAACUGCUGGACUAUUAGGUGAUGGAUUUGGUUCUACACCAGAAAUGUGUAAAAAAAACUUGAUAUGGGUAGUUGCAAAGAUGCAGGUUGUGGUAGAUAGAUACCCUACUUGGGGUGAUGUUGUUCAAGUAGACACUUGGGUCGGUGCAUCUGGGAAGAAUGGCAUGCGACGAGAUUGGCUUGUUCGUGAUUGCAAAACUGGUGAAACUCUUACUAGGGCCUCAAGUGUCUGGGUGAUGAUGAAUAAGCAGACAAGAAAAUUAUCAAAGAUUCCUGGGGAAGUUAGAGGGGAAAUAGAGCCUUAUUUUGCAAAUUCACCUCCCAUAGUGGAAGAAGAUGGCAGGAAACUUACCAAACUUGAUGAUGAUAGUGCUGAUUAUAUACGUACAGGUUUGACGCCUAGAUGGAGCGAUUUAGAUGUCAACCAGCAUGUUAAUAAUGUGAAGUACAUUGGCUGGGUACUCGAGAGUGCACCUCUGCCAAUCCUGGAGAGUCACGAACUCUCUACCAUGACUUUGGAAUACAGGAGAGAAUGUGGAAGGGACAGCGUGCUGCAAUCCCUUACUGCUGUGUCUGGUGCUGGUAUCAGCAAUUUGGCCGAUGCUGGUGACAUCGAGUGCCACCACUUGCUUCGACUUGAAAAUGGAGCUGAGAUUGUUAGAGGAAGGACUGAGUGGAGGCCCAAACACGCGACAAACUUCGGGAUGGUGGGUCAGAUUCCAGCCGGAAAUACUUAAAAAAAGAAAUUCAAUUGGAGAAGCUACCUCGUAGCUGGAGUCGUCUCUGGUUGUGGCCCCACCACCUUGUGCAUUCACUGCUUGUGUUGUAGAGUCCUGCUUCCGUUUUUUCUUCUCGGAUUUGAGAAAUCCCCAUAUAAAUAUAAGAUAUAUCUAUAUAUAUAUAUGUUCCCGGCCCUUCCCUAAACCAUCUGUUUCCAUGGAAGGAAAAAGACCAAAAAACAUGCCAGUCCGUCUCAUUGUAAUUAUUCAUUCUUUUAUUGUCCCCAUUCUCUCAAUUGUCCCAACGGAAAGGUAAAAUAUACUUUAACACAUCAUCUAUUUAAUGUUUUGCUCUUAGGUUCAGCUUUGCUGACUGUACCUGCGUUUUACUUAUUGGUGAUUGCCAUCAUUUAAUCAGACUUAAACUGUGAAA